AUGCCGCGGCGGUGGUGCGGCUUCGCCAGCGGAGGCUGCCAGGAGUCGGUCCAGGACGAGAGCGCUGCCAGGGUGAACUCCGGGCCGCGGAGCGCGGAGGGCGUGGGCAGGCCGCCGCGGCGGCUGCGGCGAGCGGGGCAGCCGCGCCAGCCGCGCAGGGUUUCCCAGCGGCUGCGCGCCAUAGACGCGCUAGUGAUCGAUGGGCUCCUCUCCGAGCCGCCGUCGCUGCGCGACCUCUCCGAGAUGCCGGCCUCGUCGCUCUCCAUACCGUCGGCGGGCGAGGAGGGGCGCGCCUCGCCCCUGUCCACGGCCCUGCUCGUGAAGAACCCUGGCGGCGUGCUCGUGCGCCUCAGCG